AUGGAUCCAUUCCGUGUGCAGUUAACUGAUUAUUUUCCAUUCCAGGCUUAUGGCCUUAGCAUCAAGGAAAGCAGCAGGGAUACACACGGAUAUAUAGAGAGGGAGAGGGAAGGACAAAGGUGCGCAGGAGAGAUGGGGGGAAGCGUGAUUUCCAUCAUGCUGAGCAGCGGGCAAAUCACAAUUUACAUGAUCUCCAAAUUCUGGAAGAUAUGGGACGAGUGGGAUGUGCACGGAGUCAUUCUCCUCAAUCUCUCCCUGCAGAUCUUUCUCAUCUUCUUUGCUUCUUUAAGAAAGCGCUCAAAAGGCUUCUUACCCCGCGCAAUCUGGUUAGCUUACCUUCUUGCCGAUUGGGCUGCGAGCUACUGUGUUGGGCUCAUCUCCAAUAAUCAAAAAGCGCACUCAACCAAAACCACAAGAGACCACCUCACUGCAUUUUGGUCUCCUUUUCUUCUGCUUCACCUUGGGGGUCCAAACACCAUCACUGCUUAUGCUUUGGAGGACAAUGAGCUUUGGCUCAGGCAUCUUCUGGGUCUCAUUUUCCAGUCAGGCACGGCUGCUUGCAUCUUCGUUUUAACAGUUCAUGACAACUCAUUGUGGUUCCCAACCCUUUUGGUGUUUGUUGCUGGACUAAUCAAGUACACUGAGAGGACUCGUGCUUUGUAUGUUGCAUCAUUCAAUGCUUUCAGGCAAUCCCUAGUUCCAGACCCAGGCCCCGAUUACGGAAGGUUCAUGGUGGAAUUCUAUUCUCGGAGGAAGGCCAGACUUCCUGCUCAGAUUGUCACCAUCUCGAAGCUUGGGAGUAGCAGUGAUGCAGGCGGCAAAAAUGGGAGCCAGGGACCGAAUGAACUUGAGGCGGUUCGGAAAGGUUUCUUCUUCUUCCAAAAGUUCAGAGGUAUUAUUGUUGACAUGAUCUACAGCUUUGAUGACCGUCGCGAGAUCCGACGGCAUAUGGAAAACAAAACGCCAGGGGAAGUUCUCGAGGUGAUAGAAAUCGAACUUAAUUUCAUGUAUGAAUCUUUCUACACCAAAGUCACGGUAGUACGCAAGUGGUUCGGGUACUGCAAUAAAUUUGUUUCCUUCACUUUUGUUCUGUUGGCUUUUGGACUCUUUAUUUUAGAAGAGAAGCGUGGUUUGGACAAGUUUGAUACAGGUGUAACUUACGCUUUGUUAUGCGGCGCUCUGGCCUUAGACACCAUAGCUUUCGUCAUGCACUUUUUCACUGAAUACACAGCUACUCUUUCCCUGGAAUCUUAA